AUGCCCAAAUUGGCUGAUCCUUCAGGACUUCAAUAUGUUCACGUUUUCCAAAGAUACGAUGUUGGAACACACAAUUCUACCACUCACAAUAUCGGAUUUUCAAAAGUAAGUAUUAUUGCACUGAGUGGAUUUUUAAUGAUGAUGACACAAAAUGGGAAACUUCUCUAUAUAUCGGACAACGCAGCGGAAUAUCUGGGACAUUCGAUGGUGAGUCUAUUGCAGGAGGAUUUACUUAUACACGGAGACAGCGUUUACGAUAUUAUAGAUAAACAGGACCAUCAGAUGAUUCAGGCGGAAUUAGGUUCGCCAAACUCCGGGCAUAGACCGGGCAGCAUAGCGGAAGGCGAGCGAAAGAUGUUUCUAUGUAGAAUGAAUGUAUCUAGGAACGCAAGACGGCAAAUGAGAUUCGGGGAUCAAAAAAUAGUUCUAGUACAAGGGCACUUUUUAUCGUUUCUGUCUUUGUGUAGUAGAAACGAACCCGUGUUUUUAGCCACUUGUUCGCCUGUUGCCAUGCCGGAGACUAGGGAAUGUGUAGUACAUGGCGCUACAAACGUAUUUACUACAAUACAUACAAUGGAUAUGAAAGUGCUUCACGUAGAUAAAAAUGGUGAAUUCUAUUUGGGAUUCACAAGAAGUGAACUGCAAGGAGCAUCAUGGUAUCAACUACUUCAUUGGGAAAUCGCCAGAGAAGCGCAGUCGAAGCAUAGAUUGAUAACGCAGUCGGAACAGGAUCGAUCGUGUAUUCUGCUGCUACGGAUGCAGAGGCGCACGGGCGACUGGUUGUGGGUGCAUUGCGUUCUUCAGGUUAAAGACGGGGCUGACAGCGCGCAGCAGCCGGUCAUAGUCUGCACGAAUCAAGUUCUAAGUGAUCGAGAAGCGGCAGUUUUGCGCCUGAAUGGUUGGCUGUAUAGUUUCUACUCUGUACAAAAUAAGUUGCAAUACGAGCUUUCCUUCGAUGUACCAAAAUCAGGCGGAUCACAACAUUCGGGAUCUGCCUAUGCAUCGACUGCCUAUUACCCAGGACAUAUGAGUAUUCCUGCACAGCAUCAAUUAACUCCAGGUUUUGAGAGAACUUUAGGGUGGCAAUAUACAAGUAUUCACAGACUUACAGCUGGGUAUCUCGAAUUCCAAGGUGAACUUACAAAUAUGAGAUUUGGAUUCCACAAUGCAACUCAAACUUCUCAGCACAGCAUGAAGAAGGUGCAGUAA